AAAGCUACGAACAAAGAGCUAAGAUGAGGCCUGUGAGUGCAACUACACAUGCUCCAGCUACCGUUGCCACCGGUUUCCGGCGAUGGAAUUCUCCGAUGCCCUACCUCUUUGCCGGCAUAGCGGCCAUGUUGGGCCUCAUAGCAUUGGCAUUGCUUGUCUUGGUUUGCACCCACCGAAAGUCUUCAGACAACUCGUCCCAACAAACUGAGGAAAAACCAGCGAACCCCAUCAGCUCACCGCCCGACACUGAGCCGAAGGUUGUUGUCGUCAUGCCGGGAGAAUACAAGCCGACGUUCAUUGCCAAGCCCGUUUGUUCAACAAACGCUAGCGAACAAGUUUAAGUUCCUUCCGCUUACUGGCCUCGAACAAGGGGGCCUUCAGAAGAUGAUGAGGAUUUUGUUUUUUUCAGAGAUGCAAAAUUUUAGUAGCUCUUCUUCUUCUUCUUCUUUUAUCUUUAUUUUUUCAUUUCUUUUCUUUUCUUUCGUUCCUUCUUUCAAGCUUUUGCAGCUUCUGUUAGAGCUUUCCGGGAAUAUGUAAAUAAUGAAUAUCGUCAUGAUCUAUAAUCUUUCUUUAUAUGAAAAUAAGCUCUGGUAACGACUGUUUAUGUGUUUUCUUCCCCUGUUUUCUGGGGAUCAAUCGUCAGUAUAAUGAAAGCCUCUGAUCUAUA